AUGGAGAACUACCACAUCUUGGAGCGCAUCGGCGAGGGGUCCUUCGGGAAGGUCUACCGGGGCCGCCGCAAGUACUCGGGGCAGAUCGUGGCGCUCAAGUUCGUGACGAAACAGGGCAAAAGCGCCCGGGAUCUCGAGAAUCUCCGCCAAGAAAUCAACAUCCUUCGCCGCCUGAACCACUGCAACAUCAUUGCCAUACUGGACUCGUUCGAGACGGACGGUGAGUUCUGCAUGGUGACGGAGUACGCCCAGGGGGAGCUGUUCCAAGUGCUGGAGGACGAGCACAGUCUGCCGGAAGAGGAGAUCAGGAAGAUCGCCAUCCAGCUCAUCCAGGCGCUGCACGUGCUGCACUCGAACCGCAUCAUCCACCGAGACAUGAAGCCGCAGAACAUCCUCAUCGGCUCCAAGCAGCAGAUCAAGCUGGCGGACUUUGGCUUCGCGCGCGCGAUCGCGCACGACUCGAGUCUGCUGAGGUCCAUCAAGGGCACGCCGCUGUACAUGGCGCCCGAGCUGGUGCAGGAGAAGCCGUACAACUACACGGUGGACCUCUGGUCGCUGGGCGUCAUUCUGUACGAGCUCGCGGUGGGGAAACCCCCGUUCUACACGGACCGGAUCGUGUCGCUCAUCCAGAUGAUCGUGCGCGACGCUGUGCAGUACCCGCCGACGAUGUCGGAGGACUUCCAGAGCUUCCUCAAGGGAUUAUUGAACAAGGACCCCGCUCAGAGACUCAAGUGGCCGGACAUUCUGCAGCAUCCGUUCGUACAGGAGACGCCCGAGCAGCUCGAGGCGAGACUGCAGCUCGAGCGGCAAGUGCGCGCCUUACCCCGCUUCUUCAAGGAGAACGAGCUGCACCACUCCCCGGAGGAAGACAGCGAGGAGAAGGCCAAGCCGAGUGUCGAGCGCUUGAGGUCUUGUGACGAGUGGAAGAUCUGCGACCCGGAAACGGGGCGACAACUAGCCAAGCCCAAGCCUGAGUCUGAACAACCCAAUCUAGAUGAACCAAAAGCGCCACCUGCCAGCGAGAACAACAAUCGCAGCCCCUCUCCUCCACCAGAAGCUGCUCGUCCAGCCCGCUCUGUGGUGUUGGAAAGUUUUCUGAGCGUGUGGGAGCGCAUCAGUCGAGAAAUUGACAUGAAGCACGUGGAUGCAGGGCUCGCAAAAUCUCCAUUGUUCGCCAACGCCGUCGGCCUGCUGCCUUCGAUCCCAGUUCACGAGCUGUCCAGCGACGUCUUGACGAGUAUUGCCUCAUUGCUCCAUCUUCAGUACCGGUUCUUCGUGCUGCUUCUGAAAAGGGCCGAAGAGGUGACUGAACUCGACGGUUUACUCCACGCGAAGGACCACAUUCACCGAUUUCUGAGUCGCUUAGUGGAGGCUGGUGGAGUGCUAAAGGCCAGCCACGAGCAAGCCACUGACGUGGUCUACAAGUGCGUGCGCUGCUGUAUGAUCUGCACGACGAUCGUCAACUCCAUCGAGGCUGACAACGCAAUGGAAGGCAAAUUGGACUACCGCCAGUUCUGCAAAAGUGACGUGGACGCCAUCUCCCUCAUGCUGAAUUGCAAGGACGAAGUCGUUGCGGCAUCGCACUCCAAGGCGCUGAAGUGGCUCGGAUCAAUGAUCGAUCGAUCCCAGAAUCUCACAACACUGCUGGAGGUCGUUUACCCGUCGGGAGUGGUUCACACACUUUGCGAAAUCCUGCACGCAUCGGGAAUUUCGCGCUCUCCAGGGGGUCGAAUCUCCAAGAGCGGUCGAGACUUGGGCCUAUACGCAGUCUUCGCGCUAGCUGCUUUCGUUCAGCCCGAUGCGAAGUGCUGGAGGCCUCUGCAGCCUUUUCCUGUGCUAACCUUGGUUCAAGACGAUGCUGCUCCGAUGGAUAACUCUAGUUUACGAGAUGUCAAGCACCUGUACAAGCUUCGCGUUAAAGUUGACUCGGAAGUCGGGUCUCAGCUACUCAGCAGCGGUGUUAGUGAGCUGAUCGCACUGCUUGGCGAUGAAAUAAACGAGCGUGUGAGACAGAAGCGCGCUGAAGGCGGUGAUACGGACGGAGAGGACGAUCUGGGCGAAGAAGACGCGGACCAGUCUACAAUUUGCUGUAUUCUGAAGAUCCUGAUGCACGCGUGUCGAUCCUCGGCGCCUCUUUCCAAGAAGCUCACAGUGACGAAGAUUGUCUUUCAGAAGCACCGAGACACCGACAUCUUCACUAUCUUGCUCUGGGGGUUCUCAUCGGGCGGUUUGCACCAGAUUGAGCAGUACUUCGCCACCGAGUUGCUCUCAGUGAUUCUUCGUCGCGGGGUUCUUCCAAAGCGGCAGAUCUGGCGUUGCGCGCAGACCAUAUUCCCCAUACUGCAGGACGCAAGCGACACCGCACUGUUGAGUGCUCUCAGUACGUUUUUUGCCGAGGUUAUCGAGACCUGCAACAUCGACGAGUCUGCGCUGGGGACCGAUGGCAUUCCUGACCACUUGGAGCCGCAGGACCUGGAGCUGUGGAACCUCGUCGUCCAUGGAGCGCUUACACGCCGCUGUUCCGCCGCGAUUUUCCGUCUCUUUAGCAACACAACCGCUGACGAGGACGAUAACCCAAGCAGUAAGGCUCAGAUGCUCACCAGCUACAACAUCCGCGCCCAAGGUCUUCUGGACUCGGGCAUUGUGUUCCUGUUGCGCGUGGCGUCCAAAGCUGCAUCACAACCAAGGCAAUCCACAGCAACGGAAGGUACGAAUCGAUCCGAGGAGAUGAACAUGUUCAUGACCGUGUUCGAGAGCGACACAGUGUGGCAAGUUUUCGACGGCAUGAUGGCCACCGGCGGUGGAGAUCUGUUGUCGCCUUGGGGAUUGUUCUGCUUCUUGAAGCUGCUUCGGAUCGUCCGCGAGAUGCAGUGCAACGAGACGCAGAUGGAAGUCGCUGUGAACGAGCACCUCCUGCUUCACUUGGUGAACCUGCUCGAGUUGAGGCACAUCGAGUACCUUUUCCACUGGCCCGAGGUGGUGGGAGGAGGCAGCAACGCCGUCAAGGCGCUGGUUCACGCCACGGUCAAGGUGCUAGGCAUCCCAUUCGCCCACAGUGUGUCGGAGGAGCUGCUCGUGGAUACGCAGGAGAUCCUGUACGAUGCUAAGUGCGUGCAGAAAUUACUCGGAGUGCUUCGGUUCGUCUUCUCAACGAAAGAGCUCCACCUGGAGGCGUCCGUACUGGAAUUGCCCAUCAGCUUCUUGUCUCGGCUGGUGACCAGCUCCACUCACUUCGGCUCGCAGUUCGUGGAGGCUGACGGGAUGUCGGUCAUCAAGGAGUGCGGGAUGCUGAGCAGCAACUGCUCGCCGUCCUUGAUCAUCGACACGCUCUUGAUCGUGAGCCAGUUGGCGCGCAGCUCGCAGACCAACUACGACUGCAUUCUACGAGCGGAUCUCCUCCCCGAGUUCUACCAGCUGAUGCAGCAUCCAGAGGCGAUGGUCCGGGCCAAGGCGCUCAACUGCAUCGGGAAUUUGUGUCGCCACUCGACGCUCUUCUACCGGCAUUUCAUCGCUCCAAUAGGCGGAGAUUCGUCGCGUACGGUGCUAAACGAGAUGAUCCGAGGGCUCUCGCACCCGGACAGCUACGUCCGGCGGUUCGCGUGCUUUGCCAUUGGCAACGCGGCCUUCCACAAUGGGGACUUGUACCAUGCGCUGCGUCCAGCGAUCCCCCUCCUGGUGCAGAAUCUCCACAACGACGAGGAUAAAACGCGCUCAAACGCUGGGGGAGCGCUCGGGAACCUCGUGCGCAACUCGGACGAGCUCUGCAGCGACCUCUGCGCCCACGAAGCGCCGUGGGAGCUGUUCGAGCUGGCCAUGACGGAGACCAGCACGGCCUCGCGCCGCAUUGUGCUCUUCUCGCUGGGCAACUUCUGCGUCUACCCCGAGUGCUUCAACUUCCUCGUCCAAGCGGACCCAGGGUUUGUGGAGGAACUGGAGCACCUGUACGACGAGGUGGUGGCCGACGAGGUGUCGCGACGAAACAUCCGCCGCAUCCUGGCCAAGAUCGAGGCGCUGGAGAGCGAAGACGGAGACGACUUUGCGCAUGCCGAGUGA